GAGAGUGGUUACAUUUUCCUGUAAUGGCGGACCAGACAGAGAGCGAGGCUAUCGGGUUCAGCGACAACAGAAUGGUGCAGCAGGCAGUGCGGUUUCGCAGCCCUGUGCCUGCCCCCGCACCCGCCCAGACACCAGUGCUACGAGGCCCACCACCUCUCCUCAGGCCGCCGCCACCCCCCUUUGGGAUGAUGAGGGGACCUCCGCCACGCCCCCCAUUCGCACGCCCCCCCUUCGACCCCAACAUGCCGCCCAUCCCACCACCAGGAAGCAUGCCACCACCCAUCGGACCUCCACAUCUACAGAGACCUCCGUUCCUUCCACCUCCCAUGGGGAACCUGCCGCCUCCCCCAGGGAUGCUGUUUCCUCCAGGGAUGCCCCCCGUUGUUGCAUCUGGAGCCCCGGCAGAGGAAAUCUGGGUAGAGAACAAGACGUCUGAGGGAAAGGCAUAUUACUACAACGCCAGGACUAGAGAGUCAUCGUGGAGUAAACCAGAUGGUGUAAAAAUCAUCCAGCAGUCCGAACUGAACCCUCUUCUUGUAGCGGGGUCGGGUCCAAAUGUGACGGCAGCUGGCAGUUCCAGCAGUGUCAACACCACAGCCAGCAGCACAGCAGCCAUGCAGACUCAGGCCCUCUCCACGACCCCCUCCCGCACACUCGCCUCCAGUCCAGACUCCUCCAGCCACUCCCCCUCUGUGACUAUUUCAGCCCCUGUUGUAGCAGACCUACCCCCUGUCGCCACAGUGUCUUCAAAUGUAGCUGUGUCUCCAGUCACUGUGGUAACAGUUUCCACGGUGCCAUCACCUGUAACGGCGGUGCAGACCAUGUCACUGCUGCCUGCAGGGCUGCCCCACAAUGUGGGCCAACCCACUGCAGCACUACCUGCCUUCCCCCCUGUGAUGGUGCCUCCUUUCAGAGUCCCACUGCCGGGCAUGCACAUCCCUCUACCAGUGCAACUUUUCCCUAAAGACGGUUCCAUAGGAGGCACAGACAUGGGAGGGACUUGGCCUCUCUAUGGUUUCCAAAAGAAUUUAAGUGUAGCAAUGAUGCAGAUAGUAGGUGCCCCCUGUGUAAAGGCAGGCCCCGGCCCCAACGGUAAACACCCAGCCGCUCGCCUCUCAGACCUACAGUAGAUGGCAUGGUAGUGAAUGAUGUCUCCAUGAGUCAUAUGGUAUAUAUGGCAACCCCAAAACAGUGACGGUGAAUGAUGUGAAC